AUGGUCCGAUCGCGAAGACCUGUGGAAGAUGAAACGGUUACGUCUCGUGUCACAGUCCACCACACAUCGAGAGGAAUAAUAGUCCGGUCCCGACCCAUCUUGAACACUCCAGUGAAGAAGAACAUACGGAGGCUCCGUCGAACAGACUCCACUGGGGCGUCCCCACGCAAGAGGGCUAGAACCCAGCCACGUUCCCCCCAUAUGCAUGCUGAAGAUGAUUUCCCACUUUUCGACGGUUUAGCCGGAAAUACGGCGGCAGCCCCGCGCAUAACUCCACCCUCGUUUGCCUCGACGAGACCCAAGAAGGGAUAUUCUCAACACGACUUUAUGGCUGAUUGGAUCCCUCGGAAGAACCAGUUUUUACAUGCUAUACUCGAAGGGGAGAGGAAAACAUCAGCCUCGUGCACAACCUGCGGGAACGGCGAUGCAUACUGGAGGUGCCUGGAAUGUGUCGGAUCCUUUGAACUCUGCAGGAGUUGCAUGAGGGAUAAGCACCGGGAUCUGCCAUUCCACCGGAUUGAACACUGGACUGCCACUCACUGGAACCCCGCUUGGCUGUGGCAGACUGGCCUUGUUGUUUCGCUUGGACAUGGUGGCGCUCCAUGCCCCAGUCCUCAAGGUUUUUUCCAGGAGGGUGAUGAAGAUUGCGAGGACGAUUGGAGUGAUGAAGAGGCUGACGUAGAGGACGAAUCCAAUAGUCACGGGUUGGACAGCAACAGGUUUUCCUUUGGUGCAAAACCAACUGGUCGACAGGUGGGCGAUGAUCGCGUCGUAAUCGUCAUGCACACAAACGGUAUCCAUCAUGUGUUUUUCCAUCUCUGCGGCUGCCCAGAACAUCCCCCCGAAACAGUACAAUUCCUCGAUAUGAAGCUAUAUCCCGCGUCUGUAAAGACGGUCAGGAGUGUCGCUACCUUUGCGUUAUUGGACGACUACCACAUGAAUCAAGUCGAGUGCUACUCGUCGACGUACAACUACUUUGCCAAACUGAGGCGGAUUACCAAUAAGGCAUACCCUCAGACCGCCCCGAAUCGGUAUCGCGAGCUCACGCGGAUGGGUCGGCAGUGGAUCCAUCUCAAAAACCUCAAAUGGUUUGGAUUUGGCCAUACAACCCGAGAGCCGGCGGAUGGAGAACUUGCCCUCUUCUGCGCGGCGUGCCCGCAGAAAGGUCUUAACGUACCCGCGGAGGAAUGGAAGGAUCUCCCUGACAUCUUGAAGCUGAGGAGCUUUGUCGCAGAUGGCAAUUUCUCCUGCGUCCACCAGCGGCAGCGCGGCGUCGAUAAGGACGUUUGGAUUUCCUCUGGCACAGGUUUCAUGACCGAGAGGACGGCGUAUGCUGAACACCUAAGGUCUGCGACCGAGGAAAAACAGACAUCGACUUGUCAUGAACAUCGCGCAAUAGCGGACAAGUGGAAGUCAUUGAAGGGAUGUGACGUCACCGGCAUUGGUGCAAUUGCGUGCAUGAGGCACGGGUGUUUCGUACCUGGGGCAAUGGUCGAUUUUCAGAAGGGAGAAAGGCAAAUUAACAUGGACUACGCGUGGUUAAAAGCUCUGCAGAUGGGAAGAUUGGAUGAUGUCCGCUGGGUCCUGCUCGUAUACGACAUCAAUUGCCAAUAUUGCAUCAACUUUAAGCGCCGUAUCAAGAAAUAUCGCAAUACCAGUUUGAGGCCACCCGCGGGCCUGAUCAUAGUGAAUGCGAUCGGGCUCUGGCAUGUUCAUGGACAUCGCCCUGAAUGCUAUGCGCGGUUCGCACCCUCCUUCGUCUCUGGUGCAGGAAAGAAGAGUGGAGAAAUACUGGAACCAUUAUGGGUCCCGAUGAACAAACUAGCAGGCCCAACCAGGACUAUGGCCAGUUCCCACCGCGCGGAAAUGUUGGACGCAGGAGCCUCGGAUAGUAAUUGGAAGAAAUUGACCGGACUGGUGUCUUCAAUUUGCAAGGAGCUGCCCAAAGCGAAGGAACAGGCCGAAGAUGCGUUAGAGAGGUACAAUGCUAUCUGCGGCGCGGUAACCAAAGUCCAGGUGAAUGAAUGGACUGCGGAACUUGAGGAGGCUAAGGUCAGGCGCCUGACUGACUUCAAAGCGAUGGAUAUUUUGAACUCGAAACUCGACAAAGUACCAAAGAGGGCAGAAGUAGAGGCAGAUUUAAUGGACAAGGAACGAUCAUCUGGAGAAGGCCUAGGAGUGACGAGUUGGAUCUCGUCCGGUAUCGAUAUCCAGGAGAGACAGGUCGAGUUGAAACGGUUAGCCAGGCGGUACCACCCGCACACAACAGCGAAGCAGAAGCUCGAAAUCGCAAAACGCCGGCAGGACCUGACAAGCUCAAUCGAAGGUUUUUUUAAGGAUGCCGCGAGUCUCUUCCCUGGGGUCGACCUCACCAUCCUCGAGCUGCUUACGGAGGGAUGCGUCGUUUCGGUAGCGGUCCCCGCACCCCAUGAAGAGGAUGUGCCGGAUUCCGACUACGACAUUGAAGAAAAUGUCUCCUCUUUACCCGCGGACCAGGGUGACGGUGGUUCCCCUGAGGACAUCGCGAUCCCGUUACCCUCCACCGUUAAGGCCUGGCCAGAGGCGCUCGCGUCCGUCCGACGGAAGGAGAGAUCGAUGCGCAUAGCUCAGGCCAACACGAAACUCGAAUCUAUCCGCGACUCCAUUGGGCGUUUAUCCUACCUCUACCGUUCGCUCAUCCGCGGCGCUAAGACGAAGAAGUCAAAAACACGUUCAUAUGGAAUAGUCAAAGGAUCCCGCGAUGAACUACGGUUGCAGGUUAACCACUACGAACAGGCUAGGCGUGCCCUCGAACGCCUCGGGACAGCCGCUUCGGUCCUUGUGAAAUACCAACCCAUCCGCCCCGCGGAUAUCAGGGUGAGCACCGCUAUUGCCGAUCCGAAUGCAAGAGGCCAGAGCUCCUCCCAGCUAUCCUGGAUAUGGGGGAUUCCAAGCGACAAUCCAUCGGAUCGAACCUUGUAUCUGGACGAACUCUAUCGCGUCAAUUGGAUGAGAACCCGAGAACGCUACCUACGCGAAGAAGAAGAAUAUCAGUUUCUCCUUCGGGAAACUGCUUGGGUGCCACGUUUCUUCGAUUCAAAAGCUUUGGAGUGGGAACAGCGGGGGGAGAAUGUGUCAGAGCCAGGUCACAUUGCCUACGCCUGCCGACAGGCGGACCUAUGGCGAAACCUCGCAGAAUAUGCGCGGGAAGGGUUCCGCAGGGUGCUCAAGUCUAUACAAGCCCCUGUGACCCGCGCAGACGUUAUGACAUGUCACGGGUCCGAUUCUGACUCGUCCCAAGAUUGCUCAGAUAGCUCUACCGCAUGUACCCCGUAA